CACAAUGAGAACCUAAGAUGGCGCUGGCUGCGGCGGUUGGCGCCGAGUAGCUGAGGUGGGAAGGGCGGCCAUUGGGCCCGAGGCAGCCAGGCAACGCGUGGACCACUCUGCUGUGGUCUCGCAGGGAGGACCGCUGCCGGGGGGGUGGGUCGUUGGGGCUGACCGCCACUCCGCCCUUGACAGGAGAGGCUGCUUCCUUUACAGGCUCCUCGUCUUCUUGCGGCCACCUUCACGUCCCCGAGGCGGACAGUCCGCCCCCUCCCCCGGGACCGGCCGACGCGAUCUUCCGGCAGGCAACAGCUUUGACGUUGGAGCAGGAAAGGAGCCGUUUCUGAGCUGCAAAAACUAGUUUCCAAACAGAGAAUUAAUCGUUACAGCCAGUAUGGCCACGGGAGGAGGUCCUUUUGAAGAUGGCAUGAAUGAUCAAGAUUUACCAAACUGGAGCAAUGAAAGUGUUGAUGACCGACUCAACAAUAUGGAUUGGAGUGGCCAGCAGAAGAAAGCAAAUAGAUCAUCAGAAAAGAAUAAGAAAAAGUUUGGUGUAGAAAGUGAUAAAAGGGUAACUAAUGAUAUUUCUCCGGAGUCAUCACCGGGAGUUGGAAGGCGAAGAACAAAGACUCCACAUACAUUUCCACACAGUAGAUAUAUGACUCAGAUGUCUGUCCCAGAGCAGGCAGAAUUAGAGAAACUUAAACAGCGGAUAAACUUCAGUGAUUUAGAUCAGAGAAGCAUUGGAAGUGAUUCUCAAGGUAGAGCAACAGCUGCUAACAACAAACGUCAGCUUAGUGAAAACAGAAAGCCCUUCAACUUUUUGCCUAUGCAGAUUAAUACUAACAAGAGCAAAGAUGCAGCUGUUAGCCCUCAAAAGAGAGAAGCGGUUGGAUCAGCACAAUGUAAAGAGUUGUUUGCUUCUGCUCUAAGUAAUGACCUUUUGCAAAACUGUCAAGUGUCUGAAGAGGAUGGGAGAGGAGAACCUGCAAUGGAGAGCAGUCAGAUUGUAAGCAGGCUUGUUCAAAUUCGUGAUUAUAUUACUAAAGCUAGUUCCAUGCGAGAAGAUCUUGUGGAGAAAAAUGAAAGAUCUGCUAACGUUGAGCGCCUUACUCAUCUAAUAGAUCACCUUAAAGAACAAGAAAAGUCAUAUAUGAAAUUUCUCCAAAAAAUUUUAGCUAGAGAAAAUGAGGAGGAGGAUGUUCGGACUAUAGAUUCAGCUGUGGGAUCUGGUUCUGUAGCUGAGAGCACAUCGCUAAACAUAGAUGUGCAGUCUGAGGCUUCAGAUACCACGGAGGCAUCUUUUAGUCUGAGAAUUCGGCCGUGCAUUGAGGACAAACUAGGGAAUUCAGCUUCACAAGAACAGGUUUCAGACAUUGACGUUACUACAAGUCCAAAAGGGAAAGGUGACAGACCUCCUCAGAAUGACAGGGAACUGAGGCCUAAUAGGAAAUAUAGCCGAAAACGUGGAUUUCCCUCAAAGGCCAGAGAUCCUCAGCAAGAACCUAUGGAAGAGAUAGAAAAUUUGAAGAAACAACAUGAUUUGUUAAAAAGGAUGUUACAACAGCAGGAGCAACUGAGAGCUCUGCAGGGACGACAAGCUGCUCUUCUAGCUUUGCAGCAUAAAGCAGAGCAAGCUAUUGCUGUGAUGGAUGAUUCUGAAAAGGUUGCAGGGACAACUCCUGGCCAUCAUACUGUACGGUGCAGACAGCCAGCUCGCUCUCCUUUUCAUCAGAGAGUACCCUUAAGAGUUGUUGCAGAAACUACAGGUAGCUUAUCUGGAGUUAGUAUCACAUCAGAACUAAAUGAAGAAUUGAAUGAUUUAAUUCAACGUUUUCAUAAUCAGCUUCGUGAUUCUCAGCCUCCAGCUGUUCCAGACAAUAGAAGACAGGCAGAAAGUCUUUCAUUAACUAGAGAAGUUUCCCAGAGCAGGAAUCCAUCGGUUUCAGAACAUUUACCUGAUGAGAAAGUCCAACUUUUUAGCAAAAUGAGAGUCUUACAGGAAAAGAAGCAAAAAAUGGAUAAAUUGCUUGGAGAACUUCAUACGCUUCGAGAUCAGCAUCUAAAUAAUUCAUCAUUUGUGCCUUCUUCAGCCUCUCCACAAAGGAGUGUGGAUCAGAGAAGUACAACUUCACCCUCUGCUCCUGUAGGCUUGGCACCUGUUGUCAAUGGAGAGUCCAAUAGCCUCAUGUCAUCUGUUCCUUAUCCUGCUGCUUCUCUAGUCUCUCAGAAUGAGAAUGAAAAUGAAGGCCACCUAAAUUCAACUGAAAAACUCCAGAAGUUAAAUGAAGUUCGAAAGAGAUUGAAUGAGCUGAGAGAAUUAGUUCAUUAUUAUGAACAAACAUCAGAUAUGAUGACAGAUGCUGUAAAUGAAAACACAAAAGAUGAAGAAACUGAAGAGUCAGAAUAUGAUUCUGAGCGUGAAAAUUGUGAACCUGUUACUAACAUUCGAAAUCCACAAGUAGCUGCCACCUGGAAUGAAGUAAAUAGUAAUAGUAAUGCACAUUGUGCUUCUAAUAAUAGAGAUGGGAGAUCAGUGAAUUCUAAUUGUGAAAUUAACAAUAGAUCUGCUGCUAACAUAAGGCCUCUAAACAUGCCUCCUCCUUUAGCAGAUUGUCGAUAUAAUAGAGAAGGAGAACAGGAGAUUCCUGUUGCACAAGGGGAAGAAGAGGAGGAAGAGGAGGAAGAAGCAGAAGAGGAGGUAGCUAGUGGAGCUUCUUUAUCUAGUCAUAGGAGCAGUCUGGUUGAUGAGGCUCCAGAAGAUGCUGAAUUUGAACAGAAGAUCAAUAGACUUAUGGCUGCAAAACAGAAACUUAGACAGUUACAAGAUCUUGUUGCUAUGGUACAGGAUGAUGAUACAACUGAAGGAGUUAUAUCUGCCAAUACUUCAAAUUUGGAUGAUUUCUACCCAGCUGAAGAAGACACCAAACAAAAUUCAAAUAAUACUAGAGGAAAUGCCAAUAAAACACAGAAAGAUGCUGGAGUAAAUGAAAAGACAAGAGAGAAAUUUUAUGAGGCUAAACUACAGCAGCAACAGAAAGAGCUAAAACAAUUACAGGAAGAAAGAAAGAAACUGAUUGAGAUUCAAGAGAAAAUUCAAGCAUUGCAAAAGGCAUGUCCUGACCUACAGCUGUCAGCUGCCAGUAUGGGUAAUUGUCCCACAAAAAAAUAUAUGCCAGCUAUUACUUCAACACCAACUGUUAAUGAAAAUGAGACAAGUACAAGCAAAUCUGUUUUUGAGCCAGAAGAUUCUUCAGUAGUAGAUAAUGAGUUGUGGUCGGAAAUGCGAAGACAUGAAAUGUUAAGGGAAGAGCUGCGUCAGAGAAGAAAGCAGCUUGAAGCUCUGAUGGCUGAACAUCAGAGGAGGCAAGGUAUAGCUGAAACUACAUCUCCAGUGGCUGUGUCAUUGAGAAGCAAUGGAUCUGAGAACCUGUGUACUCCUCAACAAAGUAGAACAGAAAAAACAAUGGCAACUUGGGGAGGUUCUACCCAGUGUGCACUAGAUGAAGAAGGAGAUGAAGAUGGUUACCUCUCUGAAGGAAUUGUUCGGACAGAUGAAGAGGAGGAAGAAGAACAAGAUGCCAGUUCUAAUGAUAACUUUUCUACAUAUCCUUCUAACAGUGUGACUCAUAACUCCUAUAAUGUAAAGGAAACUAAAAAUAGGUGGAAGAACAAUCGCCGUUUUUCAACAGAUGAAAAUUAUCGUCCUUUAGCCAAGACAAGGCAACAGAAUAUCAGCAUGCAACGGCAAGAAAACCUUCGUUGGAUGUCAGAGCUCUCUUAUGUAGAAGAGAAAGAACAAUGGCAAGAACAGAUCAGUCAGCUAAGGAAACAGCUUGAUUUCAGUGUCAGUAUUUGUCAGACUUUGAUGCAAGACCAGCAGACUCUGUCUUGUCUGCUGCAAACUCUUCUCACGGGUCCUUAUAGUGUUAUGCCCAGCAAUGUAGCAUCUCCUCAAGUACACCUUAUAAUGCACCAGUUGAACCAGUGCUAUACUCAGCUAACAUGGCAACAGAAUAAUGUUCAGAGGUUGAAACAAAUGCUAAAUGAACUCAUGCACCAACAAAAUCGGUGUACCGAAAAACCUGGAAGCAAGGAAAGAGGCAGUAGUGGAUCACACCCUUCUUCUCCCGGUUUAUUUUGUCCUUUUAGCUUUCCAACACAGCCGGUAAAUCUGUUUAAUCUACCUGGAUUUACUAACUUUUCAUCAUUUGCACCAGGUGUGAAUUUCAGCCCUUUAUUUCCUUCUAAUUUUGGAGAUUUUUCUCAGAAUAUCUCUACACCUAGUGAACAGCAACAACCACUAGCCCAAAAUUCUUCAGGGAAAACAGAAUAUAUGGCUUUUCCAAAACCUUUUGAAAGCAGUUCUUCUGUUGGAGCCGAAAAACCAAGGAAUCAAAAAUUGCCUGAAGAGGAUGUAGAAAGUAGUAGGACACCAUGGUUAUAUGACCAAGGAGGCGAAGUAGAAAAACCACUUAUUAAGACUGGAUUUGCAGUGUCUGUAGAGAAAACUGCAAAUGGUAACCGCAAAAAUCAAUUAGAUACAAGCAGGAGAAGACGCCAGUUUGAUGAAGAAUCAUUAGAGAGUUUUAGCAGUAUGCCUGAUCCGGUAGAUCCAGCAACAGUAACUAAAACAUUCAAGACAAGAAAAGCAUCUGCACAGGCCAGCCUGGCAUCUAAAGAUAAAACUCCCAAGUCAAAGAGUAAGAAAAGGAAUUCUACUCAGCUGAAAAGCAGAGUUAAAAAUACUGGGUAUGAAAGUGCCAGUAUGUCUAGCACAUGUGAACCUUGCAAAAGUAGGAACAGACAUUCAGCCCAGACUGAAGAGCCUGUUCAAGCAAAAGUAUUCAGCAGAAAGAAUCAUGAACAGCUGGAAAAAAUAAUAAAACAUAGUAGGUCUACAGAAAUAUCUUCAGCACAUGCUAGGAGAAUACUACAGCAGUCUAACAGAAAUGCAUGCAAUGAAGCGCCAGAAACUGGGAGUGAUUUUUCCAUGUUUGAAGCAUUGCGGGAUACUAUUUAUUCUGAAGUAGCUACAUUAAUUUCUCAAAAUGAAUCUCGUCCACAUUUUCUUAUUGAACUGUUCCAUGAGCUUCAGCUACUUAAUACAGACUACUUGAGACAAAGGGCUUUAUAUGCAUUGCAGGAUAUAGUAUCCAGACAUAUUUCUGAGAGCCAUGACAAAGGAGGAGAAAAUGUAAAGUCAGUGAACUCUGGUACUUGGAUAGCGUCAAACUCAGAGCUUACUCCCAGUGAGAGCCUUGCUACUACUGAUGAUGAAACUUUUGAGAAGAACUUUGAAAGAGAAACAAAUAAAAUAAGUGAACAAAAUGAUGCUGAUAAUACUAGUGUCAUGUCUGUAUCUUCAAAUUUCGAGCCUUUUGCAACAGAUGAUCUAGGUAAUACUGUGAUUCACUUAGAUCAAGCAUUAGCCAGAAUGAGAGAAUAUGAGCGUAUGAAGACUGAAGCUGAAAGUAACUCAAAUAUGAGAUGCACCUGCAGGAUUAUUGAGGAUGAAGAUGGUGCUACCGCCACUACAGUUAAUAAUUUAGAAGAAACUCCUGUUAUUGAAAAUCAUAGUUCACAACCACCUGUAAGUGAAGUUUCUACUGUCCCGUGUCCUAGAAUUGAUACUCAGCAGCUGGACCGGCAAAUUAAAGCAAUUAUGAAAGAAGUUAUUCCUUUUUUGAAGGAGCACAUGGAUGAAGUAUGCUCUUCUCAGCUUUUAACUUCAGUAAGACGCAUGGUUUUGACCCUUACCCAGCAAAAUGAUGAGAGCAAAGAGUUUGUAAAGUUUUUUCAUAAACAACUUGGAAGUAUAUUACAGGAUUCACUGGCAAAAUUUGCUGGCAGAAAACUGAAAGACUGUGGAGAAGAUCUUCUUGUAGAGAUAUCUGAAGUGUUGUUUAAUGAGUUGGCUUUCUUUAAGCUCAUGCAAGAUUUGGAUAAUAAUAGUAUAACUGUUAAACAGAGAUGCAAAAGGAAAAUAGAAGCAGCUGGAGUGAUACAGUGUUAUGCCAAAGAGGCCAAAAGGAUUCUUGAAGAUCAUGGCUCACCUGCUGGAGAGAUAUAUGAUGAAGACAAAGACAAGGAUGAGACUGAAACGGUUAAGCAGGCUCAAACAUCUGAGGUGUAUGAUGGCAAAGGUCCCAAAAAUGUAAGAUCUGAUAUUUCUGAUCAAGAGGAAGAUGAAGAAAGUGAAGGAUGCCCAGUGUCUAUUAAUCUGUCUAAAGCUGAAACUCAGGCUUUAACUAAUUAUGGAAGUGGAGAAGAUGAGAAUGAGGAUGAAGAAAUAGAAGAAUUUGAAGAGGGCCCUGUAGAUGUCCAGACUUCACUUCAGGCUAACACUGAAACUACAGAAGAAAAUGAACAUGACAAUCAGGUUCUACAACAUGACUUUGAAAAAACAGGAGAAAGCAAAAAUGUCCCAUCAGAACAAGAACUCACUAGUAAAGAUGACCAAGAUAACUCUCCUGUGAAACCCUGUUACCUCAAUAUCUUGGAAAAUGAGCAACCUUUAAAUAGCACUGCUCAUAAGGACUCACUUACUACUAUUGAUUCAUCUAAACAGCCUAACCCUUUGCCAUUACCUUUAACUGAAAUUGAAACCUUAGUGCCUAGAGUCAAAGAAGUUAAGUCUGCUCAGGAAACUCCCGAAAGUUCUUUGGCUGGAAGUCCUGAUACUGAAUCUCCAGUGUUAGUAAAUGACUAUGAAGCAGAAUCUGGUAACAUAAGUCAGAAGUCUGAUGAAGAAGAUUUUGUAAAACUUGAAGAUUUACCUCUUAAACUGACAAUAUAUUCAGAGGCAGAUCUAAGGAAGAAAAUGGUAGAGGAAGAACAGAAAAACCAUUUAUCUGGUGAAAUAUGUGAAAUGCAAACUGAAGAAUUAGCUGGAAAUUCUCAGACACUAAAAGAACCUGAAACAGUGGGACCCCAAACUAUAUGAGAUAUCUUCAGAGGCUCAUCUAACUCUUUCUUUACAUAGUCAAUGCAUAUUUGAAAAUGAUACUAAAUAAACAUCUGUUUUGAUCUGUAUAAAAAUGUAAAUUAGUUUGACACUGCAUUUUUGAUAGGUGUGCUAAUUUCUGCCCAUGGUAGUUUAAAACAUAAGCAACUGAAUUCUGGACAGAUUUAAGCCUUGAUACACUGUGUAAUUUUUAUUUUUUCUUUUUGGUCUUGAUUCUUUUUUCCCAUUGUGAUGUUUGAUAAAGUUAUAUUUAAAAUGUAGUUUUAAAUAAAGUUUGGACUUAUCUAUAAAGUAUCUUUUUUGGAAAUUAUGUUGAAUUCUAUAUAGCAAGUCAGUGUUCUAUAUGUAGUUUUAGGCUAUUCAGAGAAGAGCAAUGGUUAAGAGUUAGAGAACUAUAUUAUUUAUUAUAAAGCCCCCAGCCAUUAGUUGAGUCUUCCAAAUAAUACCAGUGUUGCUGCUAUGGGAUCUAAAAUUCUUUUAGAAACCUGCAGAUCCUAUUACUAUGAAUAGGGCAGGUUAUAAACAUGUCUGGGAUACCUAGGAAGUUCUUGUAGAUACUUAUUAAUCCAUUCAAAUUUGGUAAUAAGUUUAGAAUGUAUGUCCUUAGUACCUAGAACUUACAUCAUUAUGUAUUAGAUAAGUAUUUUCCAGAAUUCCAAAUACUAUAUAUAUAUUGCCUCAGUCUAAAAAUUUUAAAAAAUCUUUAUAUAAUUAGGGAAUAUUUCUGCACAGACAAGUAAUAUGUGAUUAAUUUUAAAUGAAAAACUAGACUCUUUCAAGGAGGGAUAAAUACAACUAAGUUUAUGUAACAAAACAGUAAGACUCUGUAGUCCUUCAGGCAAACUUGCCUUUUCAGAUGGUAAUUUAAGACCCAAAGCAUAGUAGUUGCUUUUGUGUGGAGGAGGGGAAAAGCAGGUGCACAGGUAAAAGUAUUAAAUUUAUGUGACUUCUUCAUCACUAAGUAAAUCAACUUUUAAAAGAUGAUUUACCUUUUUAUCCCAAAUUUUCUGUAUUCUCAAUAAGGCUUCAAAUAGCCAGUCAACAAUGAUUAAGUCAACCAUAAUGAUUCUUCCUUGAAUAAAAUAUGAAGAAUUAGUGCUAAGUAGUUUUAAAUUUGUUAACAAUUGACUGAAAUACUCCAUAAAAAGAGAACUUGGUGGAUAUUCCUUUAAAUUCUUACCUGCCUAAUACCUCAAUGUAAAACUAUAAUGUCAAAUCAAGGAGUAUUAAAUGAGGAUUUCCCCAUGUGUUGCUACUUAAUUUAAAUUGUGUAUGACAUAUGUCUCCAACUUUAAUUAAACCUAUUCAGAAAACUACCAAUUCAGAAUCAGAAAUUCCUGUCUGGUUGGCCUAACUUCAGGGAAGUUGGAACAGUAAGUUACAUUAUGUGAAUACUCAAAUUCUAUAUUUUCUAGACAUUAAGCAGGAAGGGGGAAAAACUUCAUUUUGGUAUACUCAGGCCAAGCCUUACAUAUUGCGGCUUGUGUGCGCGCUCUUUCUCUCUCUCUUUCUGCAUGCAUAGUAAAGAUAGAUACAGUGGAAGAAUUGUAUUUAUAUCUUAAUUAUUAACAUAAUAUCUAUGAACAUUAUUAAAAUUGCUUAUUUGUGUUAUAGCUGCUGUUAUUUAGUCUAUUAUUUUUCUAUUUUAGUAGAUAAUUUAGUUUUAAAAUACCUAGGGCUUGACAGCAGAUAAUUUAAUAUUUUUUUCCAUAGUAACUAUUGCUAAAAGGUUAGGCAUUAAAUAUUCUUGUUUGUCUUAAUUUUUAAGAUAAAAUUUUGAUUAGAGACAGAGAAAUGGUUAAAUGUGUGAGAGAGAACCCUAUGCAGGUUGAGAUAAUGCCUAAAAUAAUAAGCUAGCCAGACUGUGGAGGUACUCUUUGUAUUUUGUAAACAUUCACUUUGGGUAAAUGCUUUUUCACUAUUAAUAAAUGUAUAUCCUAUCUACAA